AUGUCAUCAACACCAUCUCCUACAAAGAGGUCCGUUCUCUCCCCCAAAAUAUUCAACGCUAACCAGCUAUCUCCCCAAAGAAAGAACUUUGCAGCUGGACCAAAGUAUGCCAACAAGUCGCCAAUGAGAUCUGGUUCACAGGUCCGCACUCCUUCUCCAAAGAAGCCCAAGCCAGCUGCCUCAUUGGGAUUCACUAUAUGGGAGGACAACGUCGAUAACACUUCCCACGAUGUCGUAGGGACUCCUACCUCCAACAAGGCAAACCAUAAUGACCAGGAGAACAUUCUUCAACCCAAACAGACAUGCCACAGGAGUGGCCAUCGCACACCUUUGCAAGACUUGAGCAUCAACUCGUUCAAGGGAUACAUCAGCAGUGGGGGAGUAACCACGCAACUAGAUGACCCCUACCAGCCUUUGCACUUUGACAAUGGAUUCAGGUCUGCUCAUAGGUUUAAUAACUUGCCGCCUUUUGUGACGCCAGUGAAGAAGGACAGAUACUUGGCCAAGUCGGGACGAGUUGACGAGUGGAAAGUUGAAGCAAGUAGUGUCAGAAAACAUGGCAGGUCGCUUUCUGUCGGAAUGAAUGAAGCCAAGCGGGACUUGGUUCAAAAGCCCAAGUUCGCUAUACUGGCCAGCUGA